AUGGAUUGCGUUACCACAUUAAAGAUCCUUGUUAUUGGAGAGAGUGGAGUUGGAAAGUCAAGUAUCAUCCUAGCGUUCACAACAGGGGACUAUAAUUCAUCGUUUCCAGCCACAAUAGGAGUCGACUACAAAUGUAAGGUUAUGGAAGUGAAUGGUUUGAAAGUCAAAUUGGGUAUCUGGGAUACGGCCGGCCAGGAGAGAUAUAGAACUUUAACCAACAGUUUUUACAGGGACGCCCACGGGGCAAUACUAGUGUAUGAUGUUUCAGAACCAAAAACCUUACAGAAAUUGAAUGAAUGGGUCGAUGAACUUCAAGUGUACUCCACAAAGAAGAAUAUUGUGUGUUUGGUUGUUGGAAAUAAAAUUGAUAAGGAUCGAGCGGUCUCUAGAGAAGCCGGACAGGCCUUUGCACAAAAACACAGAAUGCUUUUCAUUGAGAGUAGCGCAAAGACACAAGAAGGCAUCAAUCUGGCAUUUGAAGAGCUCGUACAAAAGAUAAUAGAGACUCCCGGUCUGUGGGAAUCUACUGGCUCGUCUUCUAACAUCCGCGUCACUAGCGAGGAACGUUCACAACAGGAAUCCUCUUGUUAUGAUUACACCUGUUCCAUUUAA